CACACAGCUGAAGUCGGGGGGAAAGGAGUGGUUAUCUCGCGAGAGCUGGCGCGUCUUUUUUCUUCACCUAUAAGGUUUAUUAUGGUCCGUCUCCUCCGCUUGUCGGUUAUGUAGUGUACGGCAGCCACCGGCCAGGGGCACGAUAAACCAGGCAGAGUAAACAGAUACAAUCAAUUUGCACAUAUAUUUUUUUCAAUCGUCUGUCUCGGUUUCAAACACUGGACCAGCCGGGCUUGUAUUUUUCUUCGUCGAAGGACUGGGAGAGGGAGGAAGAAGCCGGGAGAGAUCCAGCGCUGGACCGAUCAAUCGGAGAGCGCUAGACUCUACUCUCUCACAAACGCUCCUGCCUCUUCACCCCUGUAAGUCAAGUCAAGUCCAGCCAUGAAGCCGUCCAGCGGGGUCAUGCUCUUGCACUUUGUCCUCCUCUCGCUCUUGGCCUUGGGCUGCUUGGCGCAGAGCGAGGCAGACCUGGUGGUGACCACGCGCCAGGGGAAAGUGCAAGGGCUGCGCCUGCCAGUGCCCGACCACAGCCAUGUGGUGGCUUUCCUGGGCAUCCCCUACGCUGAGCCUCCCCUGGGGAAGAAGCGCUUCCGGCGCGCCGAGCCAAAGAAGGCCUGGAAUGACGUGUUCGAGGCCAAAGACUACCCCAACGCCUGCUUCCAGUCCGUGGACAAGACGUUCCCCGGCUUCCCUGGCAUCGAGAUGUGGAACCCCAACCGGGACAUGAGCGAGGACUGCCUGUACCUGAACGUGUGGGUGCCCUCCUCCCCCAGACCCCACAACCUGACCGUCAUGGUCUGGAUCUACGGCGGAGGCUUCUACAGCGGCUCGUCCUCGCUGGAUGUCUACGACGGCCGUUACCUGGCGCACACCGAGAAGGUCAUCGUGGUCUCCAUGAACUACAGAGUGGCCGCCUUUGGGUUCCUGGGCCUGCACGGCUCCUCUGAGGCUCCCGGCAACGUGGGUCUGCUGGACCAGCGCAUGGCCCUACAGUGGGUCCAAGACAACAUCCAGUUCUUUGGAGGCAACCCCCGGCAGGUGACCAUCUUUGGGGAGAGCGCCGGCGGGGCAUCGGUGGGCUUCCACCUGCUGUCCCCCGACAGCCGCCCGACGUUCACGCGCGCCAUCUUGCAGAGCGGCGUGCCCAACGGGCCCUGGGCCACCACCGGCCCUGCUGAGGCCCGGCGCCGGGCCACGCACCUGGCCAAGACCUUGGGCUGCAAGUUCAGUAAUGACACCGAGAUGAUCGACUGCCUGAGGAACAAGACUCCCCAAGAGCUCAUCGAUGAGGAGUUCCAGGUGCUGCCGUGGAACGGCCUGUUCCGCUUCGCCUUCGUGCCAAUGGUGGACGGCACCGUGGUGCCCGACACCCCAGAGGCUAUGCUCGCCGCCGGCAACUUCAAGGACACGCAGAUCCUGCUCGGCGUCAACCAGGACGAGGGCUCGUACUUCCUUAUCUACGGCGCGCCGGGAUUCAGCAAGGACAACGAGAGCCUGAUCUCGCGCGAGGAGUUCCUGGAGGGGGUGAAGCUGAGCGUGCCCCACGCCAACGACAUCGGCCUGGAGGCGGUGGUCAUGCAGUACACCGACUGGAUGGACGAGAAUAACCCGGUCAAGAACCGGGACGCCAUGGACGACAUUGUGGGCGACCACAACGUGAUCUGCCCGCUGCAGACAUUUGCCCGGUUGUAUGCCCAACAUGCCCAAGCCGGACAAUCGGGUCAGGGGGGUUUCACUUGGGGAAAUGGAGGCAAUGGAGGCAACUCACAGGGUGCUGUAUAUCUUUAUAUGUUUGACCAUCGGGCAUCAAACCUCGCAUGGCCAGAAUGGAUGGGGGUCAUGCACGGGUACGAAAUCGAGUUUGUGUUUGGCCUACCCUUGGAGAGGAGGCUGAAUUACACCAUGGAGGAGGACAAACUGAGUCGAAGAAUGAUGAGAUAUUGGGCAAACUUUGCUCGCACUGGCAAUCCCAACCUCAACGCAGACGGCACUUUCGAUAGGCGGAAGUGGCCGCUGUUCACCACGGCUGAAUGGAAGCACGUGACGCUGAACACGGAGCCCCUGAAGACCUACAAGGGCCUGAGGCAACAAGCCUGCGCCCUGUGGGAUCGCUUCCUCCCCCGCCUCCUCAACGUCACUGAUAACAUUGAUGAUGCCGAGCGACAGUGGAAGAUGGAGUUCCACCGCUGGAGUUCCUACAUGAUGCACUGGAAGAGCCAGUUCGACCACUACAGCAAGCAGGAGCGCUGCACCGACCUCUAAAAACGUCAAGCAGGUGUCAAAAGGAGAAACAAAGAAGUGUGCAAAUCAAAGAUGUCGUCAUCUUUUUCGUAUAUAGUUCCAGCAUCUAUAUGCUGUCGACAACAAUAUGAGAUGGGUCAGAAGAAGUGUGUUGGUGUUCGAGUAAAACGUUUAAUAUGACGGAUACUCUACUCCCUUGGCGAGUAGAGGUGAUUGUAGAUUUCUUAAUUAAAAAACCACACUAGCUGCUGUCUGUAGUGCACCUAGCAUUAGCGAUUUCUGUCCCUCACUGUCAAUCACUACUUUCUACUACGUACGUACGUGUAAUUAUUCACUUAAAACUCCGAAGAUGUUAGAUGUCUUUGAGAUGCUCGGCAGGCUGCUAUAUUCAGAGACCAUGUAAAAGGUGUGGUCGUUCACGGGAAACAUGUGCAAUUACCUCUGAAGACCGAGAUUGUGUGGGUAUUAAGUCUGUUUAUGUAUGCCUUUGCGGAUGUGUGUGUGUGCGUGUGUAUGUGUGUGUGUGUGUGUGUGUGUAUGGAUGUCUGUCUGGGGAAAAGAAAUUCUCAAAGACCUUGGUCCUCAGGAUCCCUUUUGUUUUUAUUAUUAUUAUUAAUAUAUUUUAAUAUUAUUGCCUUUUUGAUUUUGUUUCUUUUUGAGUGUUUCUGUUAUACGUACAGUACACUGGUCUGUGUGAAAAUGUCCUGUGUUUUUUUUCUCCGUACAGAGUAGUGUCCGCUCAUAUCUCUGCUUGUCUGUCGGUCCAGCUUAACACUGUUGAACAGGUUUAUAAAAUCGGGAGCCAACUGAAACAUUGCUCUAGAUUGCACUGAACGCAUUUUAUUUUAACUGUUUGUGUGUGUGUGUGUGUGUGUGUGUCUGUCUGUCUGUCUGUGUAUAUAUGUACUGUUUGUGAGUGUGUUUCCUUGUAUUUCAUUGUAAGUAUUCAUAAUUAUGACAUGCCUUUUCACCACUACUCCGCAUGACUGUUAGUCCUCUUUGCAUGGGGUUUGUACAAAAGGAAUCAUGUCUGUCAGAGGCAUUUGCAUCAAACGAAAAAAAAGCUAACCCGUUAUUCACUUAACUCUUGUCUGUGUCUGUGUCUGUUUGUGAACGCAUGUUAUGUUAUCAUGAGUGUACUGUAUGUCUGUCUGUCUCUCUGUGAAGGUACAACAGUACAAUAUUGUCAGAGUGCCAGAAGGCCUGACCUGUCUUUCCCCCUCCUGCCUCCUUCGUCUUCAAAGUCUGUGUGCAAGCAAGCAAGCAAGCCGCCACCCCAAUCCAUUAUCCUGAUGGAGGAGGAGGAGGAGGAAGAGGAAGAAGAGAGAGGCAAUUUACUUAGUUCUGCUUUUAAUGACACAGUCUGCUGAGUCAGGAACCGAUCCUCUUGACAGCUCGUGAUUACAGUGCAGUGCAGGAGUU